UAACUAUUUCAAUCUGCUGCCAUGGUGAUGGUGUAAGAAGCAACAGUCACUAUGGGAACGUCCAGGAUGUUCCGCGUUUUUGUCGUCCUGGGCUCGGCCUUUAUGAUCCUUCUGAUCAUCAUCUACUGGGACGACGUCGGAGCCUCUCAUCUGUAUUUGCACACUCCUGUGUCACCGGGCCCCAAAAUCCCACACCCCCCUCCUCCUCAUCAGGAGUCUCAAACCUCCCGGACCCCGUCCUUCCUGUCCGACAUCGAUGCCUUCGUUAACCAGUUCUUAGAGCCGGGAACUGGAGAGCCCACGGACCCCGUCCCCGCUGACACAAGUAACCAAUCGGAGAAAGCAGAGGAGCGGUAUAUUCCGCGGAGGGAGUGGAAGAUUCACCUGACUCCUGUGGCAGCCGAGCUCCGUGAGAGACAGGAUCAGAGGCGGCGGUUACUUCAGGAGAUGUGCGCUAAUGACAGCGUGGUGUUUCCUGGCAAAAACCGUUCGUUUGACGACAUUCCCAACAAGGAGCUGGAUCACCUUAUAGUGGACGACAGGCACGGCAUCAUCUACUGCUAUGUUCCCAAGGUAGCGUGUAGUAACUGGAAGCGCAUCAUGAUAGUUCUGAGUGAAAGCCUGCUGCGGGACGGUGUUCCCCAGAGAGACCCGCUGGCCAUCCCCAGGGACCUGGUCCACAACAACAGCAUGCACUUUACCUUCAACAAGUUCUGGAAACGUUACGGAAAGUUUGCAAAGCACCUCAUGAAGGUGAAGCUGAAGAAGUACACCAAGUUUAUUUUUGUGCGGGACCCCUUUGUGCGCCUCAUCUCGGCCUACCGGAAUAAAUUUGAGCUGCGCAAUGAGGACUUCUAUGCUUGCUUGUGUGCCCAGGCGAUCCAUUCCGCCGUGUCCCGAUGAAGGCUUUCGUCGUUUGAGGGCAUCCAUCCCUCCUUCUCCAACUUCAUCCAGUACCUCCUGGACCCCCAGACAGAGAAGGAGAUGCCCUUUAAUGAGCACUGGCGGCAGGUGUAUCGGCUUUGCCACCCAUGCCAGAUUCAGUAUGACUUUGUGGGCCACCUGGAGACAGCGGAGGAGGAUGCCGAGCAACUGCUACGCCAGCUGCGGGUGGACAAUGUGGUGGAGUUCCCCACCUCCCACAGGAACCUCACAGCCAGCAGCUGGGAGGCCGAUUGGUUCAGCACAGUGCCCGUGGAGGCGCGGAGAGAACUCUACAAGCUGUAUGAACCUGACUUCAGGCUCUUUGGCUACGACAGACCAGACUCAAUCCUCAAUGAGUGACUCGCGUUUCUACAAAACUGACCCGGCCACACACAGACAACGUGUUUUUUUAAUGUAAUGAAAUAAUGUUACACUCCAACAACAGCGACACCUCCCUCUCGGGUGUCCUACACUGAAUGUGCACCUUAUUAGGGACUCACUGCUCCAAGAAAAGCACACUUAAAGCCGUUUCAUGCUUCUUGCGUUCAGCGCUGUCGGGCGAAACGGACGGCGUGCAUGGUCACCGCUAGGGUGGGUUACCGAACUCUGUACUUUUUUGGGUACUGACCGAAUUACGUCGGUACUACCGAGGACCGAUUCACGCUAAAUCAAACGGUAAAUUUCGGUACCUGAGAGAGCAUAAGCGCAAGCUUAUCUGUCCUCUCCGCAUAUUGACAGAGAGCGGAAGUCCCACGCACACACACGCUUGUGCAGAGGUGCAGACGGAGUAAACUCGAGCAAACUACGUCGGCAGUUUUGUUGAAGUCACAGUGAGUCACGGCGAUGCCGAUAAUGUGGUUUUAUCGGCAUCGGCAAGUGGUUUUAGAAGUUUUUCAAAACUUCACGCAGACAGCGUUUGCUGCGAUAUGAUAUUAACGGCGAGGGGAAAGCGGUUGCCGUGCUGUUGACGUUACACUUCCUCGGAGAUGAGCAGGCACAACAGUGGUUUCUAUGCCCUAGUGACUGACUGACAGGCUUUGGUUGUAAGGCAAGGCAACUUUAGUUUUAAAGCACCUUUC